CCAGACUCACAAACUGCACAGUCUCGGAGACUGCAAGCAGUGCAAGCAAUGGCGCCGACAAAGGACGACAGCUUACCUCAAAACAAGAGCCAAACAGGUGUACAUGGAUGCGGGACAACCAGACAGCUGAGAAUCGGGACCAUUUCUCUGACUGUACUGGCAUGUUUGUUCAUGCUGCUGGUAUGGCUGCAGUUAAGCAGUCGUCGACAGUGGGUACCCCGGUGUUAACAGUAAAAGUUGAUGAUCCCGACUUGGUCAAUUCCUUUAAGAUCAUCCUUUCCACAAACGCAUAUUUCUCCAUCAACGAAACUACCGGAGAAAUCUUCACUAUCAAUAAUUUUUCUGAAGAGGGUGAGCAUGAUUUGUUCAUCAUUGUUAGCGACGGCAGUGUAAAUAAUGACUUUGGGACCGGGGCUAUCUCCAUAUUCGUUGGAAAUCCGAAUCUUCAUGAUCCAGUUUUCAGCAAACCAUUGUACAGAACGACUGUGCAACAGGGCUUACAAAUAGGUACUAACCUGACAGACCUUAACAUCUUCGCGUGUGACAUGGAUUGUCCAACCUCUUGCAACGUUUCCCUAUCCACAAACUGUACAACAAACGAAGGUCGACUCAAAUACGGCAUCGAACCUCUAUCGAAUUUUAGAGACAUCUUUUCAAUUAACGCUUACACGGGACUCGUCAGUACAAAGUACGAACUAGACAGUUUAAAGACUAACUACACUUUGGUGGUCAUUGCUACUGACCAAUCAGAAAACCCACGUACUGGGUCAGCAUCCGUCUGGGUUGAUGUUGUGGAUGUGGGGACCACCUCUGUUGCGCCAACUGCAGUGCCAUGUGAUACAAAAGAGCUGAAGACUGAAUUGGAUAACCACCGCUAUGCCCUUUUUGGAGUUAGCGGGUUUGCUGGGUUGCUGCUUAUGUUGAUCCUCGGGCUGCUUGUGAGAUUGGUAUUAACUAAUCGUCGUGUGAAACAGAUGUCUACAGCGCACCUAACGACGCCAGCGUUUACUGCAGCUCAGUACGACUACGUACCACCGAGAGUGGACUACGCUUACGCCGAGGGGACUGGUACCGACGAUGAUUCGCCCGCACCGCCACCGGUGGCGAACCGUCCACCCCUGACACUGAACAACAAGGAGAGCCGAGCGCAGGCAACGGACCGUGGGCAUAAUGGAGCGAUGGUGAUGCGCUCCAGGAUGCGGCCAGUUGAUGUUGCCGCCUUGGAUCAGCGCAGAUGUUAG